AAAAGUGUUCUCUACCAUGGCCUUUCACUAUAGAGUAUAAAUACCAAGCUGCACAUUGCAAUAACAUAUCCAGUCGGCUGAAUCCAACCGUGAAGUCAAAAUGGGAAAGAUCAUCUUUUACGAGGACAGGAACUUCCAGGGGCGGCACUAUGAGUGCAGCAGUGACUGUGGCGACCUGUCCCCUUACUUCAGCCGCUGUAACUCUAUCCGUGUUGACAGUGACUGGUGGGUGGUGUAUGAGAAACCCAAUUACAUGGGAUACCAGUAUGUUCUGACCAGGGGAGAGUAUCCUGACUACCAGCGCUGGAUGGGAUUCAAUGACAACAUCAAGUCAUGUCGUACCUACCCAUAUUACAGGGGUGAUUCCUAUAAAAUGAAGAUUUAUGAGAGGCCUGACUUUGGAGGACAGAUGAUGGAAUUCAUGGAUGACUGUCCAUCUGUCUACGAUCGUUUCCGUUACCGUGACAUCCACUCCUGCCAUGUGAUGGACGGUUACUGGAUCUUCUAUGAACAUCCUGACUACAGAGGGCGCCAGUACUUCAUGAGACCUGGUGAAUACAGGAGAUUCAGUGACUGGGGAGCAACCUGUUCAACUAUUGGAUCUUUCAGGCGAAUGAGAGAUUUCUAAAUUGCUGCUGAAAAGAAUAAUAUUGCUUUGCUGAUAUAUUAUUGAGCAGAAUAAAAAUCUUUCAUUGCAA